AGGGAGAAGGAGGAGGAGGAGGAGGAGAAGGAGGAGAUCUGAGCUGAGCUGGCGGCGCGGUGCUGGGGCAGGUCCGGAGGUGCCGCGGGGAAGGGACGUGCGGCAGCGGAGGGCUCUGCAGCCGGGCAGGGCGCCAGGCCUCGCCGAGAUGCUGCGGCCGCCGGGGCGGGGAGCGACGAGGAGCGCGGGGAGGAGCGGCAGAAGCCGCCCCGGCUGCCCUCGUCAGGCCGGACCGCUUGGCACAGCCCAGUCUCCCCGGCGGGGCGAGGAGGGAGCGAUGCAUUGAUGUGAAGGGAGCUCUGGAAUGUCCCCAGCGCACUCCCGGGGCCGCGUGCACUUCGGGGCCGAGCGGGGUCACCAGCGGUGGUGGGCUGACGUCCCUCCAUCCACCUGCACAGCGUUGUCUGUGAAAGCUGUGACUUCCAACGAAGGUGCAGAUCUCCACAAGUGUUUCCUUUCACCUCAGCAGCAGAAAGAUGCGAGCGAAAUAUUACAGGAGAAUAUUAGAGGAGGGUGAGUUAGCCCAGAAGGCCAGCGCAGGGAACAUGUACCUGACAGUGGUGUAAAGGUAGCACAAAGACCAGCUCAGAGAGGAAGCACCAGGGAAAAGCUUCCCACUGGAAGUAAGAAGCUUAGAAAAUAAGGCAUGAAUAAAGAUGUCAGGACGCUUUAAAAAACUUGCACCAAGCAAUCAGCUGCUGGUUCUCAGCUUUGAAGAGCAACUCUUCAUCUUCACACCUGAGCAGCAACCUGUAUGUGUGGAAGCACAUCUUUGUCCCACAUCAAUCACUCAAUCCAAGAGAGGAUUCAGUCUUUGCAUAGGCACCUUGCUUGUUUGUACCCACAGGCCAUCACUGUUGUCACAACAAGGCUGCUCUGAUGUUCCCUCUUCUAUGGCUGUGAUGUUGUUAGUGCUGUUUGAAAUACGUUUUGAGAUACUUGAAAGAGACUAGGCUCAUGCAGAGUAUUUUCAGCUAAGUAGCACGUGUGCGUGAUAAUAAGAGGAGACGUGUAUGUAACUGCAGUGCAAGCUGUUCGUUCUGUCUGAGGCUACUGAUCACAUCAUUAACCUGAGGACCAGACACUUCAGCAGUAAUGUAGACUUGAUUGUAUGAUGAUUUAUCUUUUUACAUUCUUCCAGGGAGUGUUAUCACUGGCUGUGCUUUAAGGUAAAUUCUCCAGGCACUUGAAUGUAGCAUCAUGAUUACUUCAGUUGGCUACUGCAGUCUCACAGGAAGCUGUGUGAUCAGACAUCCAUCAAUUAGUCCUUGAUGGGAGAGUCUGUGAAAACAGUAUGGGAAUCAUUGAGAUUUUGAUAAACCUUUUUUAAUGUGAAUGUUAUUAAUGUUCCCAUGGAGGUCUUUGUGAAUGGGAGGAUUAUGAGGCAGAGAGAUGAGUAGAGACAGGCAUCUUUUUGGAUCAUUGUAAUGAUCAAAAAUGUAUCAUUACAAAUGAAAUUCCACUUCAGAUACCCAGCUAAGGUACUGGCAAAAAAAAAAAAAAAAAAAAAAGAAAGAAAGAAAGAAAAAUCAGUUCAGGGCAGUUUGAAGCACCUGAUUCUUUGUUUCAUUAUAUCACACAGUCAUUUACACUAAGGUAGAAGGGGUAUUUGUACUGCCAAGCAGUACAUUUUUGCAAAGGAAAUUGAGCUAAAAACCCCUCUCCCUUUAGACAUAUUGUCACAUGGAUGCGCUUUUCUGUUAGAGACAGAAGGGAUAGGGAAUAGGGGCAGUUCCAGGCUUUGUUACCUGCCUUACACUGUGCUCUUGGGGAUGGGAGUUAGUGCUAGACUCUGGUGGAGGGGAGGAAUGACGGGCACAUUUAGGAACGAAGUGGAAGCCUUGCUAAUAACGCAGUUCUCUGGGUUUUCACUUCUUUAUUUUAUUCUAAGGGGGAGUGAGGACAUAAUUUAGCAGCAGCCACCUCGUGAGAAUCGUGUUGGGGAGAUGGCUUUAUUGCAAAGGUUUUGCCUUUUUUUUUUUUUUUUUUUUUUUUUUUUGGUUUUGGAUGGUUUUGGAAGGGGUGUUGACUGAAUAUAUUUAAAAGAAAAAAUGUAAAACGAUGUCUACAAACGAAAUGGAAAUUUGUCAGAAGUGGGAUUUUUUUUUUUUAUCUUUUUUAAUUAUUAUUAUUAUUUUUUGCUGCUUAACCUAAGGUGCGUCCCAGCGUUACUCAUAGUGGAUCGAACUUACUCAGAGGCGUGGAAAGAAACGCUCUAGGUGUUAGACGGGAAAAGCGGGCUUCCCCCGGGAGGGAUCGGGUGUUGCCGGCCUCGGCGAGCCCCGCGCAGCCCGGCGCGGUCCCACCUACACCCGUCCUCGCCCUCCCGUGUCUGCCUCCUCCGACCGCGCUCCGGCUGGAAGGAGGGAGCGGGCGGCAGCGCGCAACUCCUGCCCGCUCCCUCCCUUUGAUUUGAUGGCCUUUAUUCUUCCUAAUUGGAUAAAAUAGGAAGUCUCUGACAGUCCUGCGUUGCUGGGUGCACUGAUUUCCCUCAGACCAGCCCUGCAGAGGGCGGGGGGUGGGGACGGGAGGAAGGAGUGAGCCUGUACAUCAGAGAAGCAGGCUGCGAGGGGGCUGGGGGAGCGGGGCGGGGGGGGAAGGAGGAAAGUGAAUGAGCGCUCAAGAAGGACAAAGAGGGAGGGGAGAGAAAGGGAGUUACCAUCGCCUUGGCAUCGCUCUUCCUUUCAAACCUCUGUGUAAUGAUAUUGUUUGCAGUGAUGCUCAGACAGCGAGCACCUGCUGCUCUGUAAUGAUUCAGCCUCUUUCAGCCGCCGCUGUAACGCGACAGGAUGCUGCUGCUACUGUCACUUCUGCCGCUGCCGCUGUUGUUACAGAUUUUGCUUUUGCUCCUUCUACCGCAUGACAAUUGUUUUCCUCGCCUAAGCAGAUACCAGCCUCAGAUGCUCAAGGUGAGAGUCUUGCCUUUCGCUCUGGGCUAUUGGUUCACUUAAUCCGGUCAAUUUGUUCGCUGCUCGUGGUUGUCUUUCUCCCCGCCCUCCUUCCCCCUGUUUUGUUUUGUUUCGCUUGCUUUCGGGGGGACGCUCCUUCCCUCAGUCAGAAGAGCUGGAAUUGCUUGAGAGGCGUAUAAGGAAUUAUAAAAGUGGCCAGGAAACACGAGCGCAGUGACUGCAGAGCUGCCCUUGGCUUCGGCAAGGCAGCGUGAGCGGCAGAGGGCUCGGGCAGGGGGCGGGGGGUCUCCUUUUUCCCGUGCGUUCCUCUUCUCCCAGUUCGGAUGAUGUUGCUGUUUCGGACCUCUCGCUGACUCCUGCCCUGUGAUUUUUGCUGAGCGCUGUGACUGUUACUCCGUCUCUUUCUGUCUGUGUUUCACAGUAAUGGACUGUGAUAGAGUUAAGGCCUUUUGGAGGUGAGCUGUGUCACAGCUGAUGCUUAAACAUGUCUGAAGUAGGCACCGAGACUUUCCCCAGCCCCUCGGCUCAGCUGAGCCCUGAUGCAUCCCUUGGCGGGCUCCCGGCUGAGGAGAACAUGCCGGGGCCCCACAGAGAGGACAGCAGGGUCCCAGGUGUGGCAGGCCUGGCCUCGACCUGCUGCGUGUGCCUGGAAGCAGAGCGACUGAAGGGCUGCCUCAACUCUGAGAAGAUCUGCAUCGCCCCUAUCCUGGCUUGCCUGCUCAGCCUCUGCCUCUGCAUUGCUGGCCUCAAGUGGGUCUUUGUGGACAAGAUUUUUGAGUAUGACUCUCCUACACACCUUGACCCUGGGAGGAUAGGACAAGACCCAAGGAGCACUGUGGAUCCUACAGCUCUGUCUGCCUGGGUGCCUUCGGAGGUGUAUGCCUCACCCUUCCCCAUACCUAGCCUUGAGAGCAAGGCUGAAGUGACAGUGCAAACUGACAGCUCGCUCGUGCCCUCCAGGCCCUUCCUUCAGCCUUCUCUCUACAACCGCAUCCUAGAUGUCGGGUUGUGGUCCUCUGCCACACCGUCACUGUCACCAUCCUCCCUGGAGCCUACCACGGCAUCUCAGGCACAAGCAACAGAAACCAAUCUCCAAACUGCUCCAAAACUUUCCACUUCUACAUCUACAACUGGGACAAGUCAUCUCACAAAAUGUGACAUAAAGCAGAAAGCCUUCUGUGUAAAUGGGGGAGAGUGCUACAUGGUUAAAGACCUCCCAAACCCUCCACGAUACCUAUGCAGGUGCCAACCUGGAUUCACUGGAGCAAGAUGUACUGAAACUCUGCCCAUGAAAAUCCAAAACCAAGAAAAGCAUCUUGGGAUUGAAUUUAUGGAAGCUGAGGAACUGUACCAGAAACGGGUGCUGACCAUAACUGGCAUUUGCAUUGCUCUUCUAGUAGUUGGCAUCAUGUGUGUGGUGGCCUACUGCAAAACCAAGAAGCAGAGGAAAAAGUUGCAUGACCGCCUUCGGCAGAGCCUUCGCUCAGAGAGGAACAACGUUAUGAACAUGGCAAAUGGGCCACACCACCCCAACCCACCACCAGACAAUGUCCAGCUGGUGAAUCAGUACGUUUCAAAAAACAUAAUCUCCAGUGAACGUGUCGUUGAGCGAGAAACCGAGACCUCGUUUUCCACAAGCCACUACACCUCAACAACUCAUCACUCCAUGACAGUCACCCAGACGCCUAGCCACAGCUGGAGUAAUGGCCAUACCGAAAGCAUUCUCUCCGAAAGCCACUCCGUGCUCGUCAGCUCCUCAGUGGAGAAUAGCAGGCACACCAGCCCAACAGGGCCACGAGGCCGCCUCAAUGGCAUUGGUGGGCCAAGGGAAGGCAACAGCUUCCUCCGGCAUGCAAGAGAGACCCCUGACUCCUACCGAGACUCUCCUCACAGUGAAAGGUAUGUCUCAGCUAUGACCACACCAGCUCGCAUGUCACCCGUUGAUUUCCACACUCCAACUUCUCCCAAGUCCCCUCCAUCUGAAAUGUCACCACCAGUUUCCAGCUUGACCAUCUCCAUCCCUUCGGUGGCGGUGAGUCCCUUUAUGGACGAGGAGAGACCGCUGCUGUUGGUGACCCCACCACGGCUGCGUGAGAAGUACGACAACCACCUUCAGCAAUUCAACUCCUUCCACAACAAUCCCACCCAUGAGAGCAACAGUCUGCCACCCAGUCCUCUGAGGAUAGUGGAGGAUGAAGAGUAUGAGACCACGCAGGAGUACGAACCAGCACAGGAGCCUCCAAAGAAACUCACCAACAGCCGGAGGGUGAAAAGAACAAAGCCCAAUGGCCAUAUUUCCAGCAGGGUAGAAGUGGACUCCGACACAAGCUCUCAGAGCACUAGCUCUGAGAGCGAAACAGAAGAUGAAAGAAUAGGUGAGGAUACACCAUUUCUUAGCAUACAAAAUCCCAUGGCAACCAGUCUGGAGCCAGCCGCUGCAUAUCGGCUGGCUGAGAACAGGACUAACCCGGCAAAUCGCUUCUCCACACCAGAAGAGUUGCAAGCAAGGUUGUCCAGUGUAAUAGCUAACCAAGACCCUAUUGCUGUAUAAGACAUAAACAAAACACAUAGAUUCACAUGUAAAACUUUAUUUUAUAUAAUGAAGUAUUCCACCUUUAAAUUAAACAAUUUAUUUUAUUUUAGCAAUUCCGCUGAUAGAAAACAAGAGUGGAAAAAGAAACUUUUAUAAAUUAAGUAUACGUAUGUACAAAUGUGUUAUGUGCCAUAUGUAGCAAUUUUUUACAGUAUUUCCAAAAUGGGGAAAGAUAUCAAUGGUGCCUUUAUGUUAUGUUAUGUUGAGAGCAAGUUUUGUACAGCUACAAUGAUUGCUGUCCCGUAGUAUUUUGCAAAACCUUCUAGCCCUCAGUUGUUCUGGCUUUUUUGUGCAUUGCAUUAUAAUGACUGGAUGUAUGAUUUGCAAGAAUUGCAGAAGUCCCCAUUUGCUUGUUGUGGAAUCCCCAGAUCAAAAAGCCCUGUUAUGGCACUCACACCCUAUCCACUUCACCAGGAAAAAAAAAAAAUCAAAAAAAAAAAAAAAAAAAAAAAAGAAAAGAAAGAGAAAAAAGAAAAGAAAAAGAAAAAAAAAGCUGAAAAAAUAACAAAAAAAAAAAAAGCCUGUUUUCUUCUGUAAGACAUUUUAUUUGCUUUCCGUAUAUGAAAAGAGUUUUGUCUGCUCUCUGUCAGCCAAAAGGUUUGCUUCGUUAAGCACUGGGGUAAUAGUAGAUCCAACAGCAUGCUACUAUUAAUUACAGCAGGAUAACAAACAAAACGAAACAAAACAAAAAACAAAAAAAAAACAAAAAAAAAAACAAAAAAACCUGCGUUAAGUAAUGUUACUUAUAGAAAGAAAGUAAUACUGUGAUUUUAAACCAAAUAUAUUAUUAAUCAGAGGUCAGCUUGUAAUCACUAAGAGCUGCCAUUUCAUUAUUUUCCAGAUAUUAAUUAAUUGUUCUAGUUAUCCCUUAGAAAAUGGGUUUAGGUUAGCUGAGGCUUUGAACCCAAUACUCUAUUUAAAAUCUAAAAAAAAAUUAAAAAAAAAUAUUAAAAAAAGAAAAGAAAAAAAAAAGAUUUAUAUUAGUUUAAGUUAAUGGGGCAAAUAUUAUAGCAGAUAUCUGUAAUGAAGCAAGGAAGAGAUCUAGCUGGAAAACAUGCCACUAAUAAAAGUGCAAUCAGUUUUCACCUCUAUUUUUUAAUGUUGAUUUUUAAAAGAUGAUUUAUUCCUUUUUUUUCCCUCGAUUUUCUCCCUUUUCUUCUCCUCCUCAAAAAGAACCCUGAUAAGCUUCUAGCAAUACCUUGUUAGCAUUGCUUUUAGAGUAAGGGUUGUUCUUGGACACAGAAAUUAGUUUCAGGGAAGAAUUUAUCUGCUGGAUGGUUUAAAGUGGUAGGAAGUAGGAAGGACAUAGAAAAAGCAUGGAGUUAAUUUCUAGCUGCUUUUAUUGACUCCAUUGUUCAGGGUGGAGGAAACAAGGCUGAUGCAAAGUCCAUUUAUGAAGUCAAGCACAUGAUUUGGGUUACAGCCGUACUAUGCGUGGCUAUUAGAUAUGAAUGUCUAUAUAGACAGUGAUGGCCUUGAAGUCUUUGACUAGUAAUGAACAAGAGUACUGUCAGUGCUGGAGCUGUUGCAUCCAUUCAGACAGAAGCAAAUGGCCUCUUUUGCACUGAAUUCCUAUCAGUUUAGUCAGGGUCACUCUGCCUCUUCUCUUCUUUUGAUUUUUGUUGUGUUCAGUUGGCACAGCAUAGACUCAGGAUUGAUGUGGAAAACAAAUGUUUUUCCUAGACUCCGGGGAUUCUGAAAAUGAGAACAUGUGUUCUACAGGUAUUACUGGACUCUAAAUAAGAGCCAUGUCAAGAGAACAAGAAUUUCAGCCAAACUACACUCAUCCUUUGGGCCACGUCCUGGUCCCAGUUAAAUGAAGAGAAAUGAGUCAAAGAAAUUUUGUGAUAUGUAAACCCAAGGAACUAAAGUCCUGACGCAGUAAAUUGUUCGAGCAUAUGCUUAUGCUAAUCCCAGCAAAAGUUAUCUUCAGCAUGUGCUAGACUCCCAUUGAUGCAUCCGGCGUAUGCAUAAAGUUAAGCAUGUGCUUGAGAGUUUUGCUGAAUACAAUGUCCUGUUGGUUUGAGACCUGAAAGCGAAGUCUAGUAAAUGAAGCUGUUUAUCAGGAGGAUGAAAAUUAGCUAGUUUCUCAUGAUAGAGAUGAAGUGUGUCACACUAUUAAGAAUAUGGAGGAAUCCAUCUAAUCACCAGAUUCAACAGAAGAAAAACAAUAAACUUAGAAAAGGAAGAAAAUGAUGACAAAGUUGGGUGUUAGGAUGUUGGUGGUAGAAGCAAAAGAUCAGAAAGCUAGUACAGCUUUGGGCUACAUGGUGGCUUAAAUAGCACUGCUUAUUUGAGAAGUGUAUGGCAUACGGCAAAGCUUGGCAACUACAAACUGUCUGGACUCAAGUCGCCUUUGCCAUUUUUUCCCUAGCUGGCAUGUACUUGAACACACUUUGCCUUUGCAGACCAGAACAAAAGCUCUGUACAAAUUCUAUGUACCACACACUCAUUUUCAUCCCCUUAGUCAUGCCUAUUUAUCUGCAAUCCCAUGCAGCAGUAACUACGUCUCCCCAGUAACUGCAGCUCAGUAGCACAGAGGGCCAGGUGAACUUUCCUUAUGCAGACCACCAGUUUCCAAAGGAUUUGCGCUCUUGAGUUUCCAGAGGCGCCUGAAUUCCUGUUCUUUCAGUAAGGCUUCUGAUACAGCAACAAUCUUGCAAGACAGACAAGGCAGAUAAAAGAGAGCAGAGAAACAAGAGAUUUGUCCCCAAAUCACCCAUUUUAGUGGCAGAAUAGAGAUUAUAAUGCAGGGCUUUCGUAAUCUCCUCCAGUAUAGAUUACCUACAAGGCCAGCUCACACACAGGGGUCUGUGAUACCCCAGGUAGAUUAAUCAGGAAGGAGAGGUAGCUUGCUUUGAAGUGGAGUAAAUUAUUUGACUACCAAAUAAGGUCAGUACGAAAGGAAGCUGCAGUCGCGUGCCUGGGAACUGGAUACGCACGAUUUAUUCAGUGUGGAUCUAGGGGAAAAUGUCACAUCUCUUCUGUUGCAGUGCCUCAAAGUGUUGUGCAGUCUCUGCUCCACCCCCAGGUACAUACAGUAGUGUGUUGUAGAGUAAGCAUGAAAUUAGGCUGGGGACUUCACAUGGACCUAAGAACAAGAAAAUACAAUUGGGGAUAUGGCUGCCUAAGCCCUUAGGUCUUUGGGGAGAGCCCAGCCUUACAGCACAACUCAUGCAACAGUGAGUUAUGGGAGCUGCCCUGGCUUGGCACUCACGGAAGUGGGAGCAGGACACAGCCUCUCCCCUCUGGACUUGUUUUUAGCAUACUGUGAGGAUGGUAGGCAUCGUCCACAUCAGACAAGUCCAUACCCCAAAGUUAGCAAGUCUACAUGGCCACAGGUUCUGCUGGCGGGCUGCAGCCAUCUCCUGCUGGCCUAGGUGCUGUGGACUGCAGCAAGGCAGAGCAGAGCCAGCAAGUGCCUACGGGGAAGGCCAGCUCCCCUGGGGGAUGUUCACUUCAUUACCUGGACCUCUGAACUAGGCAGUCUCAACAUUGUUGAGCCAGGUUGUUCAGAUUGUCCUCGUUUAUUCCCACGUCAUUUAAUUUGAGCUGUGAGCUUUCCCUGCAUGUUUAUUUAUAUGCAGAAGUUCUCCAGGAUAAAAGGCUUCUGUAAGGGUAUAUACCUGGAAGAUGCUGCUCACAACCUGGUGCAGCCUGCCUGUUCAGCUGGUGUAGAACAUUACGGCUCCACAGAAGUUUUAUUAUAACAGAGAAAAACCUACUCCCUCCUCUUGGCCCACGUAUUCCCUUCCUCACUUGAGCCACCCCAGCACCCCCUGAUUUGAGAGAUCAAUCACUGCCUUUAUCAGGAACCAGGGAAGCUCAGUCCUCCAAAACAAUACUGCAUCUCCCUGCUUCUCUCACACACACCACAAGCAGUUACCUGAACAUCCAGGAUAGCAAACUUGUGUUCCUUCAAAGAACACAUCUCAACCUGUUGGACACUUCCUGGCUCUGCAGUGUGGCUACAUACCAUCAGCUGGGACUUACUUCUAGUAAGAAACAAAAAAAGCACCUAUGAAAUGCUGCAGAGAAGGGCAGACAAAGAACAUGGCCAAUUAUCAUCAUAUGUAAUUCUCUAUUCUAUUGUAAAUACAUCUUGUACAUACUUGGAUGUUUUCAUCAUUUACUGUCUUUAUGGAAUUAUGUGUUAAAUAAGACUCUCUUAGUUUAUUGUAUAACACUGUAAAUAACAUAACGUCCUUUAUUAUUUAUGCAUAGUCAUCUAACACGCGGAAAAAGUUAUCCUCAUAUUAUUUUAAGAUAUAUGUCAAAAAUGUGUUGCAUUUUUCUUUUUGCUUUGAAAACAAAUUGUAAUAUAUCCUCUUUUUCCCCUCUUUUCCUUUAAAAGAAAAAAGAAUGCUAAUUUAUUGUUCAGGAGAGAAAGGGGAUGUAACUGAAAGGCAAACUGUUCAAAGAACAUGCUAUGGAAGCCACAAGCUACUGAUAAACUAAAGAAUUUAUUAUCCCAAAUACAGCAAUAAGUAAUUGUUGAUUUAUUA